AAUUCAAAUUUUCUCAAGAAGAGCGGCGUAUCUUGGAUCGGCACCGCUGAAGUUACCUUCUGAUCGCAGCACCCGAAGCGCGGUCCUGUAACAAACUUGUCAAAAGAACACGUACAAUGGAUCUCAAAGAAAGCUGCCCAAGCGUUAGCAUUCCCAGCUCUGAUGAACACAGAGAGAAGAAGAAAAGAUUUACUGUUUACAAAGUGUUGGUCUCGGUUGGCAGAAAUGAAUGGUUCGUCCUCAGACGGUAUGCGGAGUUUGAUAAGCUCUACAAUACGCUAAAGAAGCAAUUUCCAACUAUGAACCUGAAGAUUCCAGCUAAAAGAAUAUUCGGAGAUAAUUUUGAUCCCGAUUUUAUUAAACAGAGAAGAGCAGGACUGAAUGAAUUCAUUCAAAACUUAGUUAGACAGCCAGAGCUAUGCAACCACCCAGGCGUCAGAGCGUUCCUUCAGAUGGAUAACCCCAAACACCAGUCGGAUCCAUCAGAAGAUGAAGAUGAAAGGAGUAAUCAGAAGUUAAAUUCUACCUCACAGAAUAUCAACUUGGGACCAUCUGGAAAUCCUCACGCUAAACCAACAGACUUUGAUUUCCUGAAAGUUAUUGGGAAAGGAAGCUUUGGCAAGGUUCUUCUUGCCAAAAGAAAACUGGAUGGGAAAUAUUACGCUGUCAAAGUGCUGCAGAAAAAAAUUGUUCUUAACAGGAAAGAGCAAAAACAUAUUAUGGCUGAACGUAACGUGCUUCUGAAAAAUGUGAAACAUCCAUUUUUAGUGGGAUUACAUUACUCAUUCCAAACAACAGAAAAGCUUUACUUUGUUCUGGAUUUCGUUAAUGGAGGAGAGCUGUUCUUUCACUUACAAAGAGAACGUUCCUUUCCUGAGCACAGAGCCAGAUUUUAUGCUGCUGAAAUCGCCAGUGCACUGGGCUACUUACACUCCAUAAAUAUAGUGUACAGGGAUUUAAAGCCAGAAAACAUUCUCCUAGACUCACUAGGUCACGUUGUGUUGACAGACUUUGGACUUUGUAAAGAAGGGAUUGCAAGUUCUGAAACUACUGCAACUUUUUGUGGGACACCAGAAUAUCUUGCACCAGAAGUCAUUAAAAAGCAGCCCUAUGACAACACGGUAGACUGGUGGUGCCUUGGUGCAGUUCUUUAUGAAAUGCUUUACGGGCUGCCUCCUUUUUACUGCCGUGAUGUUGCUGAGAUGUAUGAGAAUAUUCUUCAUAAGCCCCUGGUUCUGCGUCCAGGAAUCAGUCUCACAGCCUGGUCUAUUCUGGAAGAACUUUUGGAGAAAGAUCGGCAAAGCAGACUCGGAGCAAGGGAAGACUUUCUUGAAAUUCAAAAGCACCCAUUCUUUGAAUCUCUCAGCUGGACUGACCUCCUUCAGAAGAAGAUUCCGCCACCAUUUAAUCCUAACGUGGUUGGCCCAGAUGAUAUUGGGAAUUUUGAUGCCGUGUUUACAGAAGAAAUGGUCCCAUACUCAGUUUGCAUUUCUUCUGAUUACAACAUUGUUAAUGCCAGUGUCCUAGAGGCAGAUGAUGCAUUUGUUGGAUUUUCUUAUGCACCACCUUCUGAAGAUAUGUUUUCCUAGGAAGUUAGAAGCCAACAGUGUUUUGGAAGUCUUGGGAUGAACUGAAAUGUUAGAGUUAUGAACACAUUCCAAAAUAGUGUAACCUGUGCCUCGUUUUGUAUGUAGGUUUAAAACCUAUGAACAAACUUUCUCUGCUGUAUAGGAGGAAUUUGGGCAUUUUGGAUGGCUUUCUUUGGGGUUUGAACUGUUUAUUCCUGCUGCAGAAAAUAUUUUUAAAAACUUUAAAUAAUGUUCUCUACAUUUACGUAUUUUUUUAAGCAAAAACACUGACUGUUCUCCUCAGUCCCUUCAGGUUUACAUUCAUAUGUAUCUAAGAUUAGGCUGGCACAAAAAGCAGCAAAUUUAGUAAAUUUAUAAAUGCCUUUGUACCUAUUUACAGUGACUUUGUGCUUGAAUUGUAACUAUGCAAAUCGUCUUUUGUAUAUCCUGGUUUAAAAAAGGUAAAUGUUUUCCCUGUUUUAUCAGUUUGAAAUUUGUUAACUUACCUGUCAGCACUUAAAUGAAGGUUUAAUUUAAGUUAACACUGAGAUGCUUCGAGGAUUUCUGUAGAAUGAAGAGUUGGGCAUGUAAAACUAGAUCGUCGUUUUUGCAUUUGCUGGAGUACCUAGUUCACUCAACUGGAUUAUCUGAGGCAUGGGGGAUUACUCAAAGCAAGGACAGAACAAAUUAACUGUAUUGAAUUGAUAACAUUACUGAUCAUGUGUUCUACCUUUUUUCCUCCCUGAGAGAAAUGUCUGGAUUUCAACUGCAUUAAAAAUAUUUUUUGUUAAAACUCUGCUUUUCCAAAGAUAUAAUUAGCAAUAAUCACCGCUACUUUGAAAGGCUAUCUUGCUUUAACCUUCCAGGGAUGGGUGGUAAGGGGAUCAUGCCAAAUAUUUAAGCAUUUUUCUCACUGGUAUAUAGUUUGAAACACUAAUUAUGUUCCAAAUCGAUUGUACUUAAACAUUCAUAGCUACUUGUCCUUCUGUCUCCCAUUUUGCACCAUUUUUAAAUCUUCACUUGAUAUUUGGAAAAAGUAAUGUAAAUUACAUUGGUAAUUCCUAGAAUGUGAAAAGCUAUUGUAUUUCUCAUAACAUACACAUGUAUGGACAAACUGAUCAUUCUGAUCAACUUCUGUUUAAGGAAAACUUUUAACAAUGCAAAAACUGACUGCAGUUACAGCGUGUACAAGCCUAUUAUGGUAGUAUUAUAUAUUACCUGUAAAUAACAACUUAUUUUUGUCUG